AUGUAUAUCUGGUUCGGCCGCGUCGAGCUUGAGAAGGCAACGCGGAGUCGGAAAAGCUCAACCUUGGCCCCUCGUGUAACGCGGGUCCCUGCGCAUAAUCCUAGUAAGCUCUGUCGCGUCUCUGCGCCGGUUAGACCUUCAACGCGAGCGACCUGCACACUCUGGCAGUUUGCUACUGUCGCCAGCCAGCCGCGCCCCUUGAGCCGGUUGUGGUCAUCGCUCCAGCGGUUGGUUGUAUUGGCUAAUCCGGGCUCGUGGCGGCCGCGUUGCUUCGACGUGGGGGCUGAUUGCGCGCAAUUUGUUCGAGGUCAGCGGGUUGCGGGGUGGUUGCGGGAGCGGCUUUUCGGAGCCAUGGUCGGUCGCGGAUUGGGCUGCACGUUUGCAGCUGUUGCGUAUAUGGGACAGUCGAGUAGCAGUCUAGCUGUGUUGGUGGCAGCUCAAAGUGUACCUGGGUACAUGUUUGAGGUUUUGAAAUGUCGCCAGAACAAGUUGAAGCUGAGCAAAGCUGGCUGA